CGCUUGUUCACAUAAUAGCCGGCGGUUGAAGGCGUGGUGAGUGAGGCUUGAUACAAGGCGCGUUCAGCGGCAGCGGCAGCAGUACCGGUGCGAUGAGCAUGGGCAGCGUCUGCCGGGCGACUCCCUUCCCCAGCGAGAGCAACCGGCGUGAGGGCUGAUGCGUUGGACGCACUGCCUUAUCCACACUUAAGGACAUACGAGCAAAGAUGACCGAGGGCAGACUGUGUCAAGUGCAGCUGCUGGAUGACAGGAAGCUGGAGCUGCUGGUUCAGCCAAAGCUGCUGUCGUAUGAACUCCUUGACUUGGUCUCUUCUCAUUUCAACCUCAAAGAGAAGGAAUUCUUCGGCCUUUCAUUUUUUGACGACAAUGGUCAGUGUAAGUGGCUGCAGAUGGACCGCAGAGUUCUUGAUCAUGACUUUUCAAAGAGGCAAGGCUCUGUUGCCCUCAACUUCCUGGUCAGAUUUUACGUGGAGAACAUCACACAACUUAAGGACAUCAUAACAGUGGAGUUAUUCUUCCUGAAUGCAAAAUCCGCAGUGAACAACGGGAUAAUAGAAGUUGAAAGUGAGAAUGUCUUCAAAUUAGCUGCAAACGCUUUGCAGGAGUCUAAAGGAGACUACACAAGCGAUGAAACCACUCGAGCUGACUUAAAGAAACUACCAACUCUUCCCACUAAGGUUCUGAAGGAGCACCCAUCUCUUGCAUACUGUGAGGAUCGGGUCAUUGAAUAUUAUAAACAGCUAAGAGGAGUCUCCAGAGGGCAGGCCAUUGUGCAGUAUCUCACGCUUGUGGAAUCCUUGCCCACAUAUGGUGUCCACUAUUAUGAAGUCAAGGACAAACAAGGGAUGCCAUGGUGGCUUGGCAUCAGCUAUAAAGGUAUUGGCCAGUAUGAUCUACAAGAUAAGCUGAAACCCAGAAAGCUUUAUCAGUGGAAACAACUGGAAAAUUUGUACUUCAGAGAGAAAAAAUUUGCAGUGGAGGUCAACGAUCCACACAGAAGAGCAGUAACCAAGCGGACCUUCGGACAGACGGGCCUUCUUAUCCACACUUGGUAUGCAAGCCACUCUUUGAUUAAAACUAUUUGGGUCAUGGCUAUUAGUCAGCACCAGUUCUACUUGGACAGAAAGCAAAGCAAAACUAAACUAGGAGCAUCAAAAAGCUUGGAGGAAAUUGCCAUGGAUCUUACAGAGCAUCCAGGGGCAAAGAUAAGCAAACUUGGAGAGUCAGUCCUGAAAAAUAACUUAAUAACGGCCAGCAAUGGGAGCCUGGUAUCGACAGGUUCAGCUGACUCAGAAAUGAGUGAGGAGCAGAAGAAAGAAAAACUCACAGAGCUAAGAAAAAAAGAGCAGGAGAUUCAAGAUAUUUUGGCCAAGAAAACUAAAGAACUAAAGAAAAUUUGUCUGCGAGAGGCGGAGCUUACUGGCAAGCUGCCAAAGGAGUACCCUUUGUCUUCAGAUGAGCGACCGCCACUGGUCAGACGGCGAGUUGGCACCGCUUUCAAGUUGGACGACCUUUUCCCUUACAAUGAGGAUCCUUUCCUGAGAAAUCUGGAGAGUAGAUUUGCCCUUCAGCGGAAGAUUGUUGAAGCGGCUAAAAAGCUGGCCAAUGAGCCAGAGCUGGGUAAGACAGUCAAGAAGAAAAGGAGGAGAAACUGUUUGGAUGCCAUGCACAACCUCCAGCAGAUAGAGGAUGAAAUGAACCAGUACAGAGUCAAGAAUGGGAAGAAGCCCACCCAGCGAGCCUCAAUAAUCAUAGCAGAUGAACUCAUGCAAUCAGAUUGUAGCUCCUUGUCCAGUCUUCCGCUGGAAGACGAUGACUCAGAUAGUGCCAGUCAGCGGCCACGGUCAAGGUCUGUGCAAGACUCCCCUCAGUUCAGCCCUUUGUGCUUGCUUGAGGCGGAAUAUGACGUGGACAGGCAAGCAUCUCCAAGGGAAAAUACCAAAAGCCACAACAGAUUAGUUUUGGAAGGCCAAGAAGCUUUCCAAAACUACCACAAUCCAAGAGAGGUCUCCUCCACCCACAGUAGUCCUUAUAAAACCCUCCCCAGGCCUCCCAGAGACCCACGCAGCAUGCCCCCCACACCUGUUAUGACGCGCAAUGCCUACAGCAGCAGCCAGCUCAGGUCUGAAGGCUUGCACCAUGGCUUCAGGACUCGUAGUGGAAGUUUGGAGUCGCGGCUGAGGAAGGAUGGAGACCUGGAGAAGCCUGUUUUCACCUUGUCACCAGCCCACCGCAGCAACAGUACAGAGGUGUUGGAGGAUUGUUCUUCCUACACCAGUCAGUCCAGUUUGGACUUUUGCGGGGCAGGACAUUCCCACUACAGUACGUUGGAUUCACGAAACUCCACCAUGCAUCGUCUUCACCGCAACGUCGAAGUGUACGGAAACACAGGCAGCAUGCCCAACUUAGUACAGCACCAUUCUGGUUGUAGUUACGCCUGUGAGACCUCAGCGCAUUAUCCACCCAGUGCCUACUAUGUCUCCGGCUGCCCGUGUUCCGACAUGGAGCCUUACUCUAACGGGGCUUACGUGUAUGAGAAUGAUGUGGAAGGCCACUACAACGUCAACCCGUCUUAUCAAGUGAAUGGCUACCACGGACACGACAGAUUUCGACACUAUGGUUCUGAUCGAAAAGACAGCCUUUCCCAGAACCCGUACGCAACUGUGAGACCGCCAAGGAACAGAGAGGGGCCCAGAAAUGAACUUUUGGCCAAGAACAUGCAAAAGGCCAUGGUGGCGGAACAUUUGAGGGGCUGGUAUCAUCGGAACCGGAGCCACAGGGAAGGCGGGAGGACAGGAUACGACUUUGACUGCGGCUCUCAGCUCAGCCUCGGAUACCAGACCAUGCCAGCGGCCUUCUGCCACUCCAGUAGAACCACCUCUUUCUCAUCCGUGUCGUCCGUGGAGAGUGCAGGAAACUGGCGCAACCAGCUGGCGGUGGGCCUGUCUGAGUAUGACACAGCUGACACACCUCAGUUCUCUCAACAUGCUAGUCGUCCUGCAACAUACAAUCGCAGUCCCACACACAACAGAUGUUCUCCAGAAAGCAAAGUUUCGAGGUCUGACACAAAGCCUAAUAAAUGUGAGUCAGUUGAGGUGGUUGGUGCUGAGGCCAUUAGAAUGGAUGAAGCAUCAGACAACCAGUCUAGCACUUAAGGAUUUCUCCUUGGCAGCUACAUGAGCAUCCAGUGAAAAGGACCAAAACACACUUUUGGAAACACACAAAAAAGCCAUGACCAUCAGCACAUGAAGAGGAUGACCUUUAAACAGAGACCCCCCCCACAACUAACCUCUGAACCCAGUGUGCCUUGGAUUGGGAGGAUUGUCAAGGCAAAACAGAAUGUGUCUCAAAACUACGACAUGUUGCACAACCACGCUCACUUAAAUGUAGGCUUUCAAGGCGACAUGUUUUUGUAGUAAAUCUAACUUAGCGGUAUAUGUUAUUUAUUUUCCCCAUUAUCCACAAUCCUUAUGUGAGACAAGAAAACACAUAUUUCCCUUUUCUGUGCAUUCUCAAUCAUAAAAAAACAAAACUAGUACCGUAUUUUUUCGAAGUAUAAGUCGCUCCGGAGUAUAAGUCGCACCUGCCAAAAAUCCAUAAUAAAGAAGGAAAAAAACAUAUAUAAGUCGCACUGGAGUAUAAGUCGCAUUUUUGGGGGAAAUUUAUUUGAUAAAACCCAACACCAAGAAUAGACAUUUGAAAGGCAAUUUAAAAUAAAUAAAGAAUAGUGAACAACAGGCUGAAUAAGUGUACGUUAUAUGACGCAUAAACUGAGAAGGUGCCUGGUAUGUUAACGUAACAUAUUAUGGUAAGAGUCAUUCAAAUAACUAUAACAUAUAGAACAUGCUAUAAGUUUACAAAACAAUCUGUCACUCCUAAUUGCUAAAUCCCAUGAAAUAUUAUAUGUCUUGUCUCUUACGUGAAUGAGAUAAAUAAUAUUAUUUGAUAUUUUAUGGUAAUGUGUUAACAAUUUCACACAUAAGUCGCUCCCGAGUAUAAGUCGCACCCCUGGCCAAACUAUGAAAAAAAAUGUGACUUAUAGUCCGAAAAAUAGGUUAAUAGGCAACUAAGACUGCAGGAAAUGAGGAUAUAGUCUGUUCCCCCCUUUAAAAAAAACCCUUCAAUACUAUUUUACAUGCAUACCACAAGUAUGUAGGUAAUGUAGUGACAGUCACCCUCUUUAUGAAAUGUAAUAUUUCUGGUAUUUUGGUCAUUUUAAGCAUUGGUAGAACUUCUUCCUUGGGAACAUUGAUUUAACUUAAAAACGGUCGUGUUCGUUGCUAUACGCUCUGUGUAAUCAAUGUCAACAACAACAUAGAUAGUACUUUUUGUGUUUGUUGACAAUAAACGCAGACCUUGUGAGAGCCCAGCGUUAUUAUUUUGCACUAUUGCCAAACGUCACAAAUAAAAAAGUAAAAUAAUGAUUCACAAUUUCUGUUGAUAGGAAGUUGUAUCUUUCAGCACAUGUGUUCUCCUUGAGCUGGUAAAUUUAAAGUAACACUCAGUUUUCCGAUUUAAUAUGCUUCCUAGCGAUGUUGCGGUGGUUAAUGCUGCGUUCCAUUUGUUGAGAGCCUCAAGUUGGUAGUACGGCUGGGCGAUAUAGCCUUUUAUUAAUAUCUCGAUAUUUUCAGGCCAUGUCACGAUACACAAUAUAUAUUUCGAUAUUUUGCCUUCGCCUUGAAUGAACACUUGAUGCAUAUAAUCACAGCAGUAUGAUGAUUCUAUGUGUCUACAUUAAAACAUUCUUGUUCAUACGUCAUUAAUAUAUGCUCAUUUUAAACUUUCAUACAGAGAGGGAAAUCACAACUUAGUCAAAUUACCAACAUUUUAUUUAUUAACCAGUUAUUAAGCAGUGGUACAAAAAUUCAAGUCAUUUCCAAAACAGAAACUGCACGAUUGUCAGAGACAUUUUAAAACAAGCUAUGAGUGCACUUUUGUGCAUGAUGUCACUAAGAUGACAUAUCAAAACAACACUAAAUUAAAGUGUACUUUUUGUACAGAACGCCACAACAAUAGUUUAAAACAAAUAAAGUGCACUUUUGUGCAUGAUGUCAAACAAGAUAUUUCAAUAACUGUCAAGUAAGAAUUAGCUGCAUAAUAGGAAAUCAAAUAGUGUACCGGUAUGUACUUCGCCAUGUGGUAGGUUCCUGCGGACGUUAUCUCCUUCUGGUAUUGACUAUUUUUUUCAUACGGUGUUGAUCUGGAAAUAGUUGCUUCGGCAUUUUGUUGGUGUGGCACCAAACGGAGAUGUUGGCAUGCGGAGUUUCAAGCACUCUUCAUUCUCUAGCGAAUGACUUUUCAAAUGAUGCUACACUAGCAGUGGUGCUACUUUUUGUAGCAACGUUUUUGCUGCAUAAUUGUUCAACAUCUUCCCGCUUGAAGCCAAACCACCGCCAGCCGAUGGAUCCCGUGCUGUUUUUAUUGGGAAUGAGUUUUUCCUUUAUUUGUUACCAGAUUCGCACAUUCUCUCCAUAAUAUUACCACCCGCUGCGCACCUUUAGCAUCACAGCUAAUGCUACCAUGUCGUUACUUCUCUGCUCCGCGGGAGCGUUUGAUGUUACACACAUGACAUAUGUAAGAAAGUGCGCUUGUUUUAAGUCUCUGUGAGAAGGAGAGACAAGAAAGAGCGGGAAACACAUGCAGUGUAAUGCCCGCAGCUAAAAGCAACUGCGUGAGAACGUAUACUCGGAUAUCACGAUAUAGUCAUUUUCUAUAUCGCACAGAGACAAACCCGCAAUAUAUCGAGUAUAUUGAUAUAUCGCCCAGCCCUAGUUGGUAGCUUGUGGAUUUUCAAAGUUAACCGACUUCUCGGCUUGUGUUCACAUCCUUCUACUAUACAGGAGAGAGUCAUGAUUUAUAAUCUUGCAUUCAUUUUUCUUCACUCAAAGGCAAUACAGCAGCAGCAUAAACAACUCAAGUUCCUCCUUUUGGCGUGUCACAACUGUUUAUAAGCAGCUAAAGCUAGCUAGUAGCUGGUUAUUCGCUAGGCGAUGUGUCACAACACCAGAAACGUAGUUCCUCGGUGCUCUUACAAUAACAAUGUUGCUAUAGCUUGGUUAUUAAUAUGCAGCUAACAUCAUGUAUGGAGCGUUGUUGGCGGUUGUUAGCCACCUGGUACUAGCAGUUUUACAAUAUUUAGAAAGCACAUAAAAUGGAUAGGUUUGUAUUUUCUCUUCUUAAAUAGGGACUGUGGAUGAUGGGCAAAAUUCCAAAAAAACGUGCAGUUUUCCUUUUAAAUGGAUGCUGCAGAUUGUGAAGGUGAAUAUAAGUUAAUAUGUUCAUUAGAGCAGACUGUGUCGUCGAUGAACUUUCAUCCUGUCUUUCAUUUAACAUGAAUGUAUUCUGUCAAUAUUGUUAAUAGUUUGUCAUUUGUCGUCGUAAGUGCCGUGAUGUGCUUUUUCAAAUGCAUGUAGAGAGUGUCAGUUUCAUAUGAAGAACUUUGAUAUGAAACGGACUCAUAGGCAUAGGAACCGGGGGGGACGUAUACACCCUGCCACCCCAAUAUUAGAGACAAAGAGAUUUGUCCCACCCAAAAAUGAUACCGCAUAGAGAAUAAAAAAUGUUUGUUUUUGAAAUCUUUAAUUCUUGUGCUUUCAUUUUGAAAGUGCAAUAGCAUACUUACUCCGCUUUCCUUGCUGACGAGAGUGGAAGGCAAGUGACGGCGAUCAUUAAAACGGGGUGCAGAGAACAUUGCCUUAAAUAUGGCUUAGUUAUAACUUCUGCCAGUUUAUAUUCAUACCUAGUGUUUAUUUAUUUUUUAUAAGAAUAAUGUCAGUGUGAGUAAUGGCUACACAACACAAGGACGACACCUAAUCAUAUUCGACCAUUUGUCAAAACGUAUAGUAUGACAUUAUACAAAAUAUGUGUAAAAUGUCUUAUUAGGAGGAUGAUGGUACACAGAGUAAUGAGGCAGUUGAAGUAAAGACAAUUGGAGAAGGUCAGGUGAGGUCAACAAUUACUGAAAUAUGUAUUAGCCCAUUGUUACUUAAAAAAAAAAACAUUUUAACAAUGAGAUAAUUAGUAAACCAGGGAAGAGAUAGGUUUUUGGUACGAUCAUAGUAACAAAACAAUAUAUUGUAGAUUCAAUCAAUCAAUCAAUGUUUAUUUAUAUAGCCCUAAAUCACAAAUGUCUCAAAGGACUGUACAAACCACUACGACUACGACAUCCUCGGAAGAACCCACAUAAGGGCAAGGAAAACUCACACCCAGUGGGACACCAGUGACAAUGAUGACUAUGAAAAACCUUGGAGAGGACCUCAAAUGUGGGCAACCCCCCCGCCCCCCUCUAGGGGACCGAAAGCAAUGGAUGUCGAGCGGGUCUAACAUGAUACUGUGAAAGUUCAAUCCAUAGUGGCUCCAACACAGCCGCGAGAGUUCAGUUCAAAGCGGAUCCAAGACUGGAUACUGUAAUAUACAGUAUCCAGAAAGCAGAUCAGGUGAAGACUGAUGUCAAGUGGAUUUUUUUAAGUUGCAUUUUAAUGAUUUAUUUAAUUAUUUCCACGGUUCUAUCAUAUUUUGGGUUAGGUUAUGAGUGUACUGUCAUCCGUCAUCUGUCCCACCCCAGAAUCCCCCAUGUUAAACUCAUUCCUACGCACUUGCACAGAUCACCGCCAAAAAACAUAUUCCCUUUUGUUUUCUCACACGUUUGUACAUUCAGUCUGUAGUUCUCGGUAUCUUGUUCUGUGUCAUGAUGAAAUAUUUUCCACUACGAAGAAGGAUGUUAAUAAAUACUUGUGUGACUCA